UGUGUUCCGGCGGUGGGCCCCGUCCCGGCCCGUCCGCGCCCCCGGAGGGUUGAGUGUCAAAGACUGGGGUAGCCAUGGAGAAAGGAGGCAAUAUACAGCUUGAGAUCCCAGAGUAUAGUAACUCUGUGCUAAGCCACCUCAACCAACUGCGAAUGCAAGGCCGCCUGUGUGACAUUGUGAUCAAUGUUCAAGGUCAGUCUUUCCGGGCGCACAAAGUUGUACUUGCAGCCAGCUCCCCUUAUUUUCGAGAUCACAUGUCUCUAAACGAGAUGAGUGCAGUCUCGCUGUCCGUCAUCAAGAACCCAGGGGUGUUCGAGCAACUACUUACGUUCUGUUACACGGGCCGGAUCUGUCUGCAGCUUGCUGACAUUAUCAGCUACCUAACAGCCGCCAGCUUUCUACAGAUGCAGCACAUCAUUGACAAGUGCACUCAGAUUCUCGAAGGCAUCCACCUGAAGAUCAGCUCUCCUGAAUCGGAGGAAGAGUUAAGUCAGAGCCGGCCCAAGCAUACGGAGAGGGUCCAAGAUUCCCACCGUGUUAGCCAGAGUCUGAGCCGUUCCCUAAGUCCACGUCACAGUACUCCACGGACUACAGGCAGUCGGAGAGGCCAGGUAAGCACCGUGCUGGACAUACGGGAGCUGAGUCCAGCUGAAGAGUCCACCAGUCCUCAAAUGGUGGAGCAGGGGUCGGAUGUGGAGAGCAGGGAGCCCAUCCUACGUAUAAACCGAGCAGGGCAAUGGUAUGUGGAGACAGGCUUGGCAGACCGCGGGGAAAGGAGCGACGAUGAUGUGAGGGUGAUGAGCGGUCUGCGGAUCAAGACUGAGCAUCUGGAUGAGUGGUUGGGACCGGAAAACCAGCCCUCUGGCGAGGACGGGAGCAGUGCGGAGGAAGUGACCGCCAUGGUUAUCGACACAACAGGGCACGGGGCAGCUGUGCAGGAGAGCUACAGUCUGGGGUCUUCAGCCACCAAAGUGUCUAGGCCAACAAGCAGUGAAAUAGACAGAUUCAGCCCGUCGGGCAGCGUGGUCACAAUAGUAGAGCGUCAUCGGGCAAAGAGUGAGUCUCCAAGGAGGAUGGAGGAACCGAAGCAGCACAGCUCCCAGUCUGACGAAGCAGGUGUUAUCGGAGUGAGUGGUUAUGUAGAAUACCUCCGCGAGCAAGAGGUGUCCGAGCGAUGGUUCCGCUAUAACCCACGGCUCACGUGUAUCUACUGUGCCAAGUCUUUCAACCAGAAGGGGAGUCUCGACCGGCACAUGCGGCUGCACAUGGGCAUCACUCCUUUUGUGUGUCGGAUGUGCGGAAAGAAGUAUACUCGCAAGGAUCAGCUGGAGUACCACAUCCGGAAGCAUACGGGUAACAAACCGUUUCACUGCCACGUGUGCGGGAAGAGCUUCCCCUUCCAGGCCAUCCUGAAUCAGCACUUUCGGAAGAACCAUCCAGGUUGUGUUCCACUCGAGGGGCCCCACAGCAUUUCCCCCGAGACCACCACUGUUGUCACCUCUCGAGGUCCAACAGGUGAAGAAUCUCCACCUCAUGAAGAAGGAGGAGUUGCCCCUUCAGCAACAGUUGAGGUGGCAUACGGAGGGGAGACAACCCAUGGCUCUGUGUCGACCACUGGACCAGACUAACAACUCCAGAAGUGAUAAUAAAGGAGGACGUUGAAAGACUAAAUUCCUCCUCUUUACCUCAGCAACCCCUCACUAUUAAUCUUCCCUUGAUGUUCCUCUCUAUAACACAAAUCAGGCCUCAUGAAUUGAAAUGAUGAGGUUUUUUUUAAGUAAACCCGAUAUGAAAACAGUACAGCGUUGGAAACCAUGAGAAUUUACUUGCCAAAACCACAAAACAAAAACGUAAUAUCAUCCUCAGCAGACGUCAACUGUAGGAGUAAAUGGAUCUACGACUCUUCUGUUUUUAAAUUGGUGGAUAACAUUCUCCUUUUCUUUCACCCCUUCCUUACAGUGUGUGAUUAUUGGACUGUAUUACGUACUUGUUACAUUUUUCGCUUAAAGCUAGGUAGUGCAGCGUCUCCCGCUGGUUGCUGGUGGGAUGGGGGCUUUUUUUGUAUUUUAAGGCUUUCUUCCAAAAUGUGCGUAAUGGGUGGUAUACCUGGUCUGAUCUGCUUAGACAGGAGAUUGUGCAGAACAAAAAGGAAUGUAAGGUGCUUGGAGCUGCUCACACAGCAAGCUCAGGGACACUUUCCUUAAGCCUAAGAAGGGAAAGAAAUUAGUCUAACUCAUUACUGA